AUGGACCAUCCCAUCACCAUGAUCGUGCCAUUCAAAAAGCCAUUUGAUGGGCCAAUGCAGGAGCGGUUUAAUAAAAUGCAUGGCAGGGCUCGAUGCGUGGUUGAACGUGCCUUUGGGCAAAUGAAGACACGCUGGCGGGCCACCUUCCUCAAGGCCCUGGAGGUCCAACCAGCCUUUGUCUCCGAGGUUGCCUUGGCAUGCAGGUUCUUACACAACAUCUGCCUGGACAACGGAGAUGUUCCAGAUGAGGAGGAUGAAGAGGAGCAACGUGAAGACGAAGAGGAACCGGACGAGCCUGGUCUCCCUCCACUUGACCCAGGGGGCAGAGAGAGCAGUGGUAACUGUUAGAAUAAUGUGCAUAAAUGUAUAUAGAAGUUAUCAUUUUUACUCAUAUUCUUAUGUAAGAGUUUACUACAAGUAUGAACUGUUUUGACCUCUUGUUACACAUUAUACAAGAGUGUUUUCUAACUUCUCUCUCCAAUAGCUUUAUUACACAGCACGAGUGGUUCUUCAUUUUUUCUGACCUCAUUUCUCCUAUCAGCAGGUGUGUGUGUGUUUGUGUGAUGUAUCCUCCACUGUGAAUCAUGGGAAGUAAUGAGGAGGAUCCGCUCCUAUCAGGAGGAACUCGUUUGAUGCAACAAUGUCGCCUUGACCCUCACAUAUUCUCAGUUGUUCAUUAUUCUGUUUUAUGAGAGUGCUUACGUUGCUGCACAUAUUUUUCCCCCAUCCUUUAGAAACAUUGUGUAACCAGGGACAACCCUUAAUAAAGAGACUGGGCGGAAAUACCUUCAGAGUGGUUUUGACAUUGUACCUGAUACUAUCUCUGUCCAUUCUCCUCGAGUAUAUACCAUUGUCUUUCUCUUCUUUAUAUGUUAUCAGGUAUUUGGGCAGGUUUUAGACCCAACAGUAACCAAAUCAGAGACCUCCUGUGUCAACACUUAUCUGCACCCCAGCAGUUACACACCGUUUUGACUGACCAUGAUUAUGCAAAUAUCUGAUCGUUUCCUUUUUGUUUAUUUAACAGCGCAACCACAAAUAUCAUUUACCUUUUAAAAUGAAGUACAUCAGUUACAUUUGGACAAAUUCAUGUUGUGGAAAUAAAGCUAAAAAAAAUGCACUUACUGCCCUCUGUAAUUUAUUUGUGAUGGAUAGGCAAGCCACAGACUCAGGACUGA